UAAUGACAUCGUGUGCGUCAUCGGAAAACCUGGUUGAAAUGAAGUCAGAGUAUUUACCUGAUAUCCGGUGUUGAAGGUUAUGUGUCACACAUUGUGUGUUUGUUGUUUACCAGUGUUAACAAAAAAAGAAAGAAGAACCGAGAAAAAAUGGAGGAGGAAUUAGAGGAGCUUGAAAGUAUCCUUUCGGAGCACUUUGGGAGAACACCACAUGGAUCUCAGGAGUUAGAAGAAGAUGAUCAAGAUCUAUGUGAGCCGCCGGAUAACGCAGAGGCAGGGCCACUUGUACAAACAAGAAUGCGUGAAAUAGUUUUAUCACUAAAUUCAGAGAGUGGUAAAAGCAGCGACGAGUGUACAUAUGAUUCAGAUUGCCAAGACUAUUUAAACACAAAACGCUUCAUGGAAGACUGCGGAUGCAAAAAACAAUAUCAGUCUAACUUUACACUUGAUGAGGCUUAUAACAUUGUUCUCAAAAGUAAGGAGAAAUCAAAAGAAGAAAAGGGACUAUUUAUUAUGGGCGUUCUUAGUGCCGAGAAGUAUGAUUCUGUAAAAACGAAACGAGGCAAAAAGCGGGUGCAUGCCAGAACAAAGUUCUACGUUAAUAGCAGUGCUGUGUGCAGGCAAACAUUCCAGUUGAUUUAUGAUGUGAAGCGGACAACGCUAAAUAAUAUUAUCCAGAACAUGAAAGACACCCGCACUGGACCACGAGUGCAUAGAAAUACAGGGCGGCGUCUGAAGCACGCACUUAAUUUUGACGAUGUCCAGCGGGUCGUGUAAUUCAUAUUGAAUCAGGCUGAAAAAAAGGGUAUCCCGUAUCCAGCAGCACCACGCGGCCAACCUGCCUACAGUGUUUUUGCCAUCCGAUGCCACGAAGCUGUUCUCCAUAAAGACUAUUGUAGUAUUUGCACGGAGAAGAAUGUACGGCAAGUGAAACUGUCUGCAUUUAAAACAAUCUGGUCAUCAAGCGUCCCCCAUAUCAAAAUAGCAAAGCCAAGAGAUGACGUGUGCACAACAUGCGAGAAAAUGAGACAGCAGAUCGCCAACGCCGUCACUGAGGAAGAGAAGAUGGAGGCAACAGGAGCGAUACGUGCCUUUAUCAUUGAGGCCCAACAGGCCAUGCCAGGUGCCAUGUGGACAGUGGCUUUGCGACUCUGAAGAAGGCAUACAGACG